UUUUAUUAAUUCACGUAUUGUAUAUCAAUGUUUUGCUCACGUGUAAUUUGCAAUAUGGUAUUAGGUUGUAAACGUUAGUUGCUGUCCACAUAGAAUGACCUAGAUUAGUUAGAAAAGUUAUUUAUUAGCAUUAACCCUGAUAACAAGUUAGGUAACGUAAUAUCUUUUAGUGGUUUGAGGGAAUGUACUGGUGCAAUAAGCUGUGCAGACUUAAAAGUUUUAUAGUCUGAAGAUGAAGAUUUAUUCUGAAAGAUUUGGGCAGGAAAUCGCCAUGUUGUUGCUGCUGAAAGAACACGGAAGCUACUGGUUUUAGCUGCGAAUGUAGAUAACAAGAAAGAGUCCAUAAGACAAUUUUAAACAUGUCUAAAGUGGAAAUGUUGAGAGUGGUGGUGAAUCAGCGUCUAACUGCGGCUGCUGAAGAGAUAUUUGGACUGUUUGAAAUAACCAUAGCAGAGUAUGAAGAGGAAAAUUCUCGUUCAAACAGGGAGAACGAGCGACUACGCAUACUACUGGACGCUGUUUUAAAGCCUGAAGUUCGGUUACACAGAGCAGUAUUAUCUGCAGAUGUUCAGCAGGACCCAAAAAACCCACACAUUAAAGAGGAACAGGAACAACUCUGGAGCAGUCAGGAGGGAGAGCAGCUUCAAGGACCUGUCUCUGUGAAGAGUGAAGAUGAUAAAGAGUCCUCACAGCUUCAUCAAAGACAAGCUGAGGAGAACAGAGAGGCAGAGCCUCCUACCUGCAGCUCAGCUCAACCGAUGGAAACAGAGAGUGAUGGAGAGGACUGUGGAGGAUCAGAACCAACCAGGAGUUUAGAUCCAGAUAGUCAUCAACCAGCUAAUGACUCUCCAGAUUCUUCUGAACAAACUGACAACAGUGAUGAUGAUUGGAAGCAGAGCAGGGAGUCAGAUUUAAACACUGUGAAAUUAAAGCAGACACAGGCAGGUGUGUCUGUCAGUCCAACAGCUAGUGAUGACAGGACUUCAGACUGUUCUGAACCUGAGACUGUAAACAGUGAUGAUGACUUGAAGGAUGACUGGAAGGAGACAAGUAAACCUCAGUCAGAUUUAAAAACACUGACAAACAAUGGUGUUCCUGAAGGUGAUAAAGAAUGUAACACUGGCAUAAAGUCUCUUAGCUGCUCUGAUUGUGGUAAAACGUUUGACCCCAAGGACUGUGUGCAGAGCCACAUGAAAAGUAAUUCAGGAGAGAAACUAUUUGUUUGCUCAGUUUGUGUUCAAAGAUCCACAGAGAGUGCACAUUUAGUACACAUGUAUAAGAUAAAUCAUUCAGGAGAAAAAACCUUCAUAUGUCCAGUCUGUAAGAAACAAUUUAGCUAUAAAGGAGAUGCUGUGAGACAUAUCAGAACUCACACAGGGGAGAAACCCUUUAGCUGCUCAGUUUGUGGUAAAAGAUUCACACAGAGCACAGGUUUGGGCACACACAUGAGAACCCACACAGGAGAGAAGCCAUUCAACUGUUCAGUCUGUCCUAAACAGUUCAUUCGGAGUGGAAUUCUGGCCAGACACAUGAGAGUUCAUACAGGAGAAAAGCCUUACAGUUGCUCAGUGUGUAACACAAGUUUUAGUCUGAGUCAGUCAUUGUUAAAACACAUGAGGAUCCAUACAGGAGAGAAACCAUUCAGCUGUUCAGUUUGUGAUAAAACAUUUACACAAAAAGGACAUCUGACACAACACAUGACACUCCACACAGGGGAGAAGUCAUUCAGUUGCCAUGUUUGUGGUAGAAAAUUCACUAGACAGUCACGUGUGAAAAACCAUAAGUGUGUCACUGAGAACAGCAGCAGUAAAUGAAACUGCAGAGCUGCAACUGAGAAACUUCCCACUGAAUUUCUUAUGCAAGAUGGCAAGUGGUUGAGGUAGGAACAACAUGAAUGUUUUUGAAAUAUGUAUGUAAAUGGUCUCUUUUUCAAAAAACAAAUUUGAAUGAAUUAGAACAAACAUAAUUUGUGAAUUGCAUAGCUGCAAAUUCCUCGCCUUUCUCGUAAUUUGAGUAUUUUUUUAUUUGGAUCAUCGCAAAUCAGACACACCUGCACAUGAUGCAGGACACUGCUUUACCACCUGUUUGUAGCAGACUGUUACAUGAAAUGUUGCUGUUUAACUGAGUUAACUUUUCCAAAGUCAGCUAACUUUAGCUUUGUCUAGCUCAGCGACUCUCCAGGAAAGCAGCAAUUUUAUCACAUUUGCUCCCAUGUGUUCCAAAACACAUGUUGGCUACUGCACUGCCUUGCCUGCUACUUCUGUCUUUAUUGUGAGUUCUAUCUGUUCUACAGGCAUCGGCAAAACUUACGCAAUGUGGUCAAUGGAGUCUUACUACAGCCUAGAGCGUCAGAGAGAUAGAGAGAAGUGGUUGAGUAAGAAAAGGGGGCAAGAGAGAAGCACAUGGCUAAGCAGCAACAAUAUCCACAUGAAAUCUUGGCACAGGCCUAAAGGCAGAGGAAAUUAUUAGGGCUACAAUGCUCUUAUAUUUUCAGUUGUCAAUUAUGUUUUUAAAUAAUUGUUUAGUCUAUUAAAUGUCAUAUAAUAGUAAAUUAUGGCCUCCAUAUUUUCCUAGAGCCCAAGGUGACGUCGUCAAAUAACUUUGUUUUGCCAGUUAGUUUAGAGAAAUUUGAUUUAUAAGGAUAUAUUAUAAAGAAAAACAGCAAAUCCUCAUAUUUAAGAAGCCAGAACUAGAAAAUGCAUGAAUACCUGAAUGCACGAAUACCUAAAUAAAAUAAACGAUUCAUUGAUUAUCGAAAGGCGAUUAAUUUUUUUAAUCAUUUAGUCGAGGAGGGGGUAGGGGGCAGUUUCAGACCUUUUUGAUCCCACUUGAGUUUUUCAAGUGGAACACAUGUAGCCUUACCCUAGACUAUGUUGUAAGAUUGAUGCCUCCACUGCCUCUCUGAGUUACGAGCUAACAGGUGACUUCAGAUUUGUUGCUGAGAUAAUGUUACUGGAAGGCUGUUUACAAAGUCACCAAACAUACGCUACAUUGAAUUUUGAACAUGGGUGUUCAUUCCUGACUGAGUAAUAAUUAAGAGUUCUGAAGAGCUAGUAAAUAGACCUUUGAGUUGAGAUUAGUUCUCAAAUAUACUAUGAAUUUUUAAAUUUGAACAGAUCAUUACAUCAACUAAUUUUUUUUUUCCCAUGUUUGAACAGAAUAAAAAGUUACAGUUCUAAUGUAACAAUUACAUUGUUCUGCUUAUAGCCAACAAAGCAACUCACUACAGGAAUACGUAAGCCUACAGUGAUCUCUGAAAGGAGCUGAUCGAUGAAAGACAGACACACACAGACAACACAAUAGAAUUUGUAAGAAUAAAAAUACCAAAUAAUGCACAACUUCUAAACAUACUUUAUUUAUACAAUGAGAUCAUCACAUAGUUUGAGUGUAUGUGAUAAAAUGUAUAAGUAUAUAUAUUUUAUAUUUUUAUACAGUUAACAAAUCCCUUGUGCAGACCCAAACAAACAAUGUAUCCUACUAACAAGUAUUGUAUGUGUAUCCAAAGCCUGAUAUGUUAUUCCUCAGUUCCAUAGAGCUCCAUUGAAAUGUACAGUAUCAAUGAGCCACACCGUUACACUUGGUGACGCACACACUGUAGUUUAUUUUGACUCAGUCCAAUAUGAACCAUGCUCUUUAAAAUAGUCCCCAACAAAUGCAGUAUUUCCUCCCGUUUGAGUAAUGUUUGCUAAAAACUACCUUUUUAAAACUAGUGAGCUGUUUUUAAAGAUUUACAUCUACAGUAGGAACCACUGGGCUGACAAACAGGAUAGGGAAGUCAAGUAUUGAGUAUUGUUGGUUUUGGUCUUAACAUGGGGUUUGUUGACAAUAAGAAAAAUCUAUGCCUUGGCUUUUGGGAGGAAUCAUAGAUAGAUAGAUAGAUAGAUAGAUAGAUAGAUAGAUAGAUAGAUAGAUAGUCGACUUUAUUAAUCCCCAGAGGGAAAUUAAAUCAUCAUAGCAGCCACAUACAUUAAAAUACAAUGACAACUAGUAUGACAACCACAUGAUGACACUAAGAUGAAUAAGCAGAAAGACUAGUGAAUGGAUAAGUGGGGUACUGAUAGUCCGGUUAUAAAUAAGGCGGAUGGCUUGACCACAGUGAAAUACUGGUGCGUGUUGUGUUAAGCAGACUGGGUGACAGAAUUUGAGAAUUCCCUGUUGAGUUCGAAGCUGCUGGGUUGCAUGGUGCUGUGUGAUCCAGAUGGUCGAAAUACACCAGUAAGCUCUCUUUCCACAUUUGGAUAAAUAGCACUUGAUACUAACUGCUAUUGUUUUCCACAGCUGUUGCAAUGGCAUUGAUCACAGAAGGAGAUGUAAGCAGAUUCUGAAGCAAAGAGACAGCUUCAGCCUGAGCUGUAUUGUUGACCACCAUAAUGCAUUAUGCCUCCACUUGUGUCUCAACUCCUUUUACGUUUAUUGGUGGUUGGUGUGCCACCUUGAAAUUUCACCAGAUACAUACAGUGUGUUAUUCAGAUAUACAAUUAACAAUCAUAAUUUUCAGAAUUUGGGUACUUUAAAAGUCUAGCCUCUUCUAACAAAACAAAACGCCCCUCCUAUUUCUACCACACUUGGUUCAGCCCUCUGCCACCCUUCCCAUCAGCUUGGACUCCUGCACUUUCUGUUUCACGUAUGCGACUGUGAGACAGUGGAGAGAGAACAGGUAUUUGGGAAAAACAACACGUUUCUUAAUAAACUUUACAAAUGGA